AUGUCCCUGUCCCCGCAGAGACCCCCGUUCUGCCCCGCCAAGCUGGGGGGCGCCACGCGGGGCGGGCGCGGGGCACACGCGGGGGUGGCCGCAGCAGUGGCCGUGCUGCUGGAGGCCGCCUGCGGCCGCGUCCUGCUGACCCGCCGGGCCAGCACCCUGCGCCACUUCCCCAACCUUUGGGUGCCACCAGGUGGGCACUUGGAGCCGGGAGAAGAGCUGGUGGCCGCGGGGCUGCGGGAACUGGCCGAGGAGACGGGGCUGUGCCUGGAGCCCGGGACCUUCUCGUGGAACCUGCUCGGCCUCUGGGAGUCCCUGUUCCCCCCCUCGCUGAGCUGGGGGCCACCGCGCUGCCACCACAUCGUCACCUACCUGGGGCUGCGCUCGGCCGAGCCCCAGCAGCGGCUGCAGGCCCGGCUGUGUCCGAGCCCGUGUGAGGUCAGUGCCGUGGCCUGGCUGGAGCCUCCGGUCCUGGAGGCCAUCGCUGCCACCGAGGAUGGAGCCGAGGGAUCGGGAUCGGGAUCGGGAUCGGGACCGGGACCAUUCCCCGGAGAGCUGCCGGCCACCGUGGGGAUCACGGAGCUGAGCCCCCACGGCUUCCGGAGCUCCCAGAUUCCCACCGGGAUCCUCCUGCGCCGGGCCCCGGCCCGCGGCCCCGACCUGGAGCGCGUCAGCACCGGCACCAAAUUCGCGCUGGGGCGGUGGCGGGCGGGGCCCGGCCGGGGGCAGCGGGAAUAAACUUCCAGCGGCAUCCCGGAUCCCGGCCCGUGCUGGGGCGGGGCCGUGGAGACGCCAGGAAUGGGU